AUGACUAUGGGAGCGAAGAAGAAAGGAAAAAACUUCAGACAGGCAUGGGACACAUCAAGAGAAGUUCCAGUUAUUCAAAAUGAAGAAAAAACCUCCAAACGAUUUAGGUUUAUGAAAUGGUUCUGCUGUAGUAUGGUUGGUACACUGGUAUUUGCUCUUACAUUACUGAGCAAGUCAUCAUUUCUGAUUUUGGUAACACUUGGAAGUAACAUGAGUACAACUGUGCCUGAAAGUCAAAAAGCAGGCGUUCUGCUGAAUAUUGGCUGUGUGUUGGUUGGACCAAAUAUUCUGCUUCUGCUCAAGAGUCUAUGGAAGUUCGUUUUUAAAAGUGCAACAAAACCAUCCAAGAAAACAGUCUUGUGGGUGGUGUUUGUUGAGUUUUUGGUGUCACUUGGAGAAGGCGUCCUUACCGUGGUGGCCAUGCCAUAUUUUGACAUUGUGACUAAUGUGACGAUCUUGAACAGUGUAAGCAUCCUGUCAGCAGUGUUCCAGUUAGUCGAUCAAUGUUGUGCAAGAUAUAAAAAAGAAAAUGAUUCAUACCAAUCAAAGUCUAGCAAAGUGGAAUAUGGAAAGUGGUUCAGACCAAUAGCUUCCAUCAUCUUUAUUAUGCUGGGUUACAUUCUCUUUAUAAUAAGCUACUUUGUGACAGAAGAAAGUUCCUCUCAAGUUAAAAGAGCUGUGUGCCUGGCCAUUGUUGGAACCCUUCUUGUUUCUUUGAACUGGUGGGAAAACUACAGCAGUGUGUUUCCAUUUUUGGAAGAUAUCUCCAAAGACAUAGCCAGUUCACAGAAUGUUGUUUGCAUUCUGUCCAGUGUGAUAAAAGUCCUGGUCACAGCAGCAGUAGUUGGAGUAAGUGUUCCUUUAUCAGACUGGAGUUCCUUAAGCUCGAUCCCUCCAAGUGUGAACAAGACCGUGUUUUGUUUGAUGAUUAUCCAGAUUGCUUCAUCUGCAAUGUGCCGCUGGUUUGUAGUGGUGGCUUGCAAGAUGCAUGCCCUGCGUCGCUGUUUUGUCGUGCCCAUGUAUUUGUCCUCAGCGUCUGUUCUGUUGCUGUUCAUUAAUCUAUUUGCCCAUUUUGCUCCAUCCUCUAAGACAACUAGCACUUCGCCUACAAGUAAAUCUUUUGAUAACCAGACCAACAGUAUUUUUUCAUUUUGUUCAUUGGUGAUAGACAUCACUCGAACACUUUCCUCAAGGCGUAUUGUGUCAGAGAUGAAUGUUGGUGGACUGGUGGUUCUUGGCAUGUGUGCCCUUAGCUGGUGGUUGGGACUCAUGCUUGCCACCGGAUAUAUCUGGUUCCUAAAGAUCCAGCGCAUUGAGAGAACUCAUGACCUUUUUGUAAAGCAGAUGUAUGAGGGAGCUUUUCUUGAACAGUCCAUGUUGCUGAACACACGCUUUGUGGCCCGGGAGAAAACGAAGGACGAAGGAUCACAAAACCCAGUGACAGUUUAUUUAUGUGCUACAAUGUGGCAUGAGACAUAUGAUGAAAUGAUGAAAAUGGUCAUUUCAAUGUUCAGGCUCGACAAGUUCCGGCCAAAAAUGAACAACCACAACGACGCUUUCUUCGAAUUCCAUAUUUACUUUGAUGAUGCAUUUAAAGAUGUCCAGGAUGGCAAAGUGCGACAUGUAAAUGAAUAUGCUGAGAUCCUAGUGGAAGUGAUUAAAGAAGUUUACAUAAUUUUUAGUGAGGAUGACACAUGUAUAUUCAAGAAGAAGCCCCAUCUCCCUCCGCAGAAGAUUAUCAGCACACCCUAUGGAGGUCGUCUCGAGUACAUACUUCCUAAAGGCAAUAUAAUGAUGGUUCACUUCAAGGACAAACAAUUGAUUCGACACAAAAAGAGAUGGUCCCAGAUCAUGUACUUAUACUACCUCCUUGGCUGGAGACUCAACAGCAAGUAUUUGAAAAUGUUUGAGAAAGGAGGGCAUGUGGAUGAACUGAGAAAAGACCUAAAGAAGGAGAAAAAGAACACAUACAUCUUAGCCCUGGAUGGAGACACAGAUUUCCAGCCCUCCUCCGUGAUGUUACUCAUUGACAGACUUAAACUCUAUCCAGAGGUGGGCGCUGCCUGUGGCCGGAUUCACCCCACUGGCACCGGGCCCAUGGUGUGGUAUCAGAAAUUUGAGUAUGCAGUGGGCCACUGGCUGCAGAAAACAGCAGAGCAUGUGUUUGGCUGUGUGCUCUGUAGCCCUGGUUGCUUUAGUCUCUUUAGAGGCGCUGCCCUCAUGGAUGAUAAUGUCAUGAAGAGGUACACCAUUAAACCAACAGAAGCCAGUCACCAUGUACAGUAUGACCAAGGAGAGGACCGCUGGCUCUGCACUCUCUUAGUGCAGCAGGGCUGGAGGGUGGAGUAUAAUGCUGCAUCAGAUGCCUACACCAACGCACCACAAGACUUCAAAGAGUUCUACAACCAGCGGCGGCGCUGGGGUCCCUCCACCAUGGCCAACACCAUCGAUCUGCUCGGCUCUGGGGGCCUGACCACACAGCGGAACAGCUCAAUCUCUAAACCUUACAUUCUUUACCAGGUCAUCAGCAUGGGUGCCUCUAUUUUGGGCCCUGCCACCAUCUGCCUGAUGAUAGCAGGAAGCUUUACUUUUAUAAUGAAUAUGGAACAAAAGGCUGCUCUCAUUGCAGCCACAGUGCCUCCUACAAUCUACCUGGCACCGUGCUUCAAGCUGAAAUCUGACACACAGAUCCAGAUAGCAGCAGUCUUGAGUGUUCUGUAUGCGUUUCUCAUGACUGGAACUAUUCUUUCCAUCAUAGGAGACCUUGUGAGGAGUCAGACAUUCAUGACCCCUAGUGGUCUGUUUCUGAUUAGCAUGACUCUACUGUACCUCAUCACUGCAGCUCUUCACCCUCAGGAGUUUUCUCUAGUCAUUUAUGGGAUACUAUACUUCCUUUGUAUACCCAGUGGCUAUCUCCUGCUUUCUAUUUACUCUAUUGUAAAUAUGAACAAUGUCUCAUGGGGAACUCGAGAGACUGGUGGCAAAGUGGAAACUGUAGCAGUGAGCGCCAUCAAGAGACAGGUCAUACAGGCUGCAUGUUGUACAUUCCCCUGCUGGAAUAAUAGUGACACCACAGGUGAAACUGAACCACUACUGAAAUCCAUAGCGAUGGAGGAGCAAGUCCAAAUUGAUCCUGAAGAAUCUGAGAGUUCAAAUGAAUGCAUCCUACUGCAAACUCCUAGAAGCUGGAUUGAAGAUCUGCAAGUAAAAUCUCUUGAUUUUAGCCUUCAACAGGACACGCUCUCGGAGGAUGAAACAGAGUUUUGGGAAGAGCUACAGAAACGAUAUUUAGAACCUCUUAAAGAGAACAAAGAGCAGCAGGAAAAAAUCGCAGAAGAGCUCAGAGACCUUAGAAACAAGGUGGCAUUUGUCUACUUCAUCUGCAACGGUCUUUGGUUGAUGGCCACCUUGUUCCUGCAAACCAUUGGCAGUGCUGUCACCCUGUCUAUUCCAAAAAUAUAUCCUAAUGGGACUGCUGCGAAAGGCGAAAUAUUUUCUGUUGAUCCAAUAUCACUGAUGUUUCUUUUGAGCUUCGCAUUGCUACUAUUUAUGCAAUUUUUUGGCAUGCUUUACCACAGAAUCUACACAUUAAUCCAUUUUGUGGCAUAUAUUGACACUGAGAUAAAUACUGUAAGGAAACAGUCUGAAUCCAGUCAUGAAACAAUGGUUCCAGAAUCCUCAAAAACUAAUGUUCAGUCUGGCACACCACUGGAAAUGGAAUUCAUGCAAAUAGAAGCCAAUAGAUGAUAAGUGG